AUGAGGUGAGUAGGGUCACCCCCACGGCUACUGGGAGCCCAGUAAGAGAAGUUCAGUGACACUGGACAUUGUUCAGCUCCUCCUCCAGCACCUUGACAUGCUUCUCAGGUUCAGGCAAUGUGUGAGUUUUUGACUCCAUCCAGUCUCUUCCAACAGUGAGACAGGAGAGAACACGGCUGAAAGAAGAACCACUUCUUAUCAUGGUCUCCUCCCUGAAGGGUGUCUAGCUGCUUCACAUCUCUCUACACUCAUGCAGCCUUCUGUCUGUGUCUGCAUAUUACCUCCUUCGCCUUCUGCCUCAUUGUGCUGCCUAUAUCUGAUGCUGGAUUUUCAGUUCUCAGGUAAAAAAGGUUUUAGAUAUGUCUGGGCUGCCCUUCGCUGCGUUGAUGAAGUGCUGUACAAGGAGGUCUGCAAGCAGAUGUGUUAUUCCAACUGUCAGUAGCAUCCACACUGGCUUGCCAGACCAGCCUCCAACAAAUGCAUGGGUCCCCUCAUUUCCUGCAAGGGCCUCUACACUGGUCCCCUGCUCCUACAGACUCUCUCAGCCUCUCUUCCUCUGGGAUGACAGGAAGGCUGAAAUGAUAUGAGAAGAAGACUCCGAGCAAUUCAGUUGGGUGUAAAACACUGUCUGGACCACCUGCCCAGUGGCCGAGAACCUGGGAAAGCUGCACCUCUCCCUACACCAUCACCCUGGGGCAGGAGAUGGAUGCACACUGUCCCCCUAGGUCUGUCUAACGGGGGCAUGGCAAGUCUCAGCCUGGUGUAUGUCCCACUUCCAGGAAGGGCAUAGGACCAGCUCUUAUAUGCCUGCCUUGCAUGUGGGUCCUGGUGGGCAAGAGAGCUCCCAAGAGACUUGGGAAGGGGCAUGUUUCAUCCCUCCCUUGUUCAAAUGGCAGUGUCCUGUGCAAAAAUCUAUUCUAGGAUGAAGGAACUGUGAGUCUUAUUGGAAGGAUCAUCUCUCCUUGCUUUGGCCAUUGGCUGUGGUGAGGUCAUCCCUGUGCUGGUGGGCCUAGGGAGACCCCACCAAGUCUCACAGGUCUCUUUGAAGGUUCGUGAACUCACAAUGUGUUUUUAGCUGCUUCCUCAACUCACUGAGGUAUCAGUGGCAUCACACCCUCUUUUUACAGCUGGUAGCAAAUAUGGCCUUGCCCAUUCCUGUUUCCCCUGCUCUUUCUGGAGAUGUGCCCAGCCAGCUCCUGGAUCUGCCAGCAGUGCUUGUCUAUAGCUUGGGAAAGUCACCCUGGGAACACCAACUCCUACAGUAGUUUUGUGUCUGCAAAAGAUGGCACAUCUCACAGCUACCACUCAUCCCAAACUACACUCACAGGCUUGUUUAAGUAAGCCAUGCUUUUUUAGGGCUGAUCUGUUCUGUGUGCAUUGCAAAUAUACCAAAAUGCAUACCAUAAAUGCCAGGUCCCUCUGUACUCAUGGAAGAAGAUCAGCACAUCCAGAGAGUGAGUCCUCUCACCUAAAACUGCUGUCUUAGACAGGAGGAUGGCAGUGGCCCUGUGCCAGAUCCAAUAUGCUUGCAAUAGGAAUCACCACCUCAGCAUCACAGAUAAUGCACUGACCGUGCAGUUGGCUGGGAGGGGCCCUACAGGAAAAGGGAGAAAACAAUUGCUCUCUCUGCAGGUCCUGCGGCUCCUGGGGCAAAUGAGCAAUGGAGGAGUGUAUGUUUGAGAGUGUGUUUUUGGAGGCAAGCACGUAUUUCAGCACAUGUGAGUACGUGUGUAUGGAGGGAAGAGUUGGAUGGGGAGAGAUGCUGCAAGUUGGCAUUGCAAAGCUCACCGCUUUUCCUGAGCUAGGAUGGAGAUAACAAAAGGCACAUGUGGGAGUGGGACGAUGAGGGGGACCCUGACUACGUAGGGACCAAAACCAUGGGCAUGUGUGUAGGAAGAGGAAAUAGAUGUGAGCAGGGCAGCACGAGGUGUGUCCCUUCCCUGGCUGCAUGCUGCAGCAUCAUAGCAGGAGGGAUAUUAAUGAACUCUCCCUCUCCAUGGCUCAGUGUGGCCUCAGGCUUUGGAUGUCCUGUGCCCUUCUCUGUUACUAGAUUGUAGUCGAUGGGGUUGAAGAACAUGAGGGCCAGGGAGAAGGCAUCUGCCUCAUACACCAGGCCCUCCACACUGCCACACAGGCUGUACCAUGUCUUGGUGAAGAUGCAGGUUCCCACAGUACCUGGGGGGACCCAUAACGGUGGGGUGCGGUGGCUAUUGCUGCGGAAGCAGUAACUCCUGCGGGGGAGAAGGGUGAGGGUGAAUGGUGCUUGCUCCAGCCUUGCACUGAUGGUGCAACCAGAAAGGGGAAGAGCACCUGGCCCAACGGGUGCAUCUUUGCUCAGCCUCUUCUCCCAGGAGCUCAUCUGAGCUCAUGCUACUGCCCCCCACAAAAGCACAUGUGGGGUGUCUGGCUGUGUGGCCCCAUCCUCCCAGAUACCCUGCUAUAAGCAGUGUCGAAAGCACCCACCCCACUGUCACAGCCUUGACAUUGCACUACUUGGGCUGAGCCCUUGCACAGGCUGAUGUGUAGUGCCCACAUCCUUCUGCUGGUCUCUGUGCCUUGAACAAAGAAAAGGCUGUAUAGGGCUCUUUCACGUCAAAGCCACAUGCAGGCAGGAUCUGGGGGAAGGCCUGGGAGAGCCUGCACAACCGCAGCCACCCCAGGACCCCUUCUGCAUCUGACCGAGCCAAAGACAUCGAAGCAGGAAGCAGCAAGCAGAGGGAAGGUGAUAAGACACACAGACAGUGUGGUGAUGCUGACAGCUUUUGAAGACCUUUUCUCGGAAGCCUCAGUUCAGCCAGAAGAGGUGUCAACUGAGGGUGAACUGAAUGUGGUCUAUGUGUCUCAGCACCAGCUGUGCUGUUCAGCAUUUUCUAACCCCAUGUUUUGCCUCACAGUUCCUCCUCAGGUAAAGCUUUCCUUCCCUACCCCCAUGGGAAGGCAAGAAAGCAGGUGAGGGAGGAAGUGAAAACGAAAGAUUUUUUCAUUGUCAUAGUGUUACAAGACAACCCUGGGAAGCUCGGGAAGAAUGUUCAUACUGUUUAAACUAGGCAGAUUAGGAUAAUGUCUAUCUCUGUUUUCUGAGAAGAAGCAUUCUUUAAUCAAGGGCAUCCUAGAACUGCUAAAGCCCUAAAAGAAACUUUAAAUCAAAAUGUUUUCUUUCUAGGUACGUACUGUCAAUUUGGCAAAAAAUUGCAGGUCCAGGUAUCCCUGACUGAAGACUUUGGGACUUGGACUGUAAAUUAUUGAACUGAAGCUGUCUAGAGGUAGCCGCUUAGCACAACUUCUGUAAAACUUGCUUAGUAUGAGUAGCUGAAUUUGCUGGAGCCUUAGGCCGCAUUCCUAGUUCAGUGAGAAAGGGCCCCAGAGCUGGUGGAAGCUGGAAAGAUAAGGGAGUUGCAAGCAGUCUGCAUUCCUAUGCGUCACACUCCGGGAGGGAGGAUGUCAAGGCUUUGAAAUAAGACCUGCUUGGGCGUCAGGACCCUGGGAAACAAAGCCUCCUCUCACUGCGGAAACAGUGUUAAUUAGGGGGGUCUGGACUAUCUGCCCCUCGUCAGGACAUUGGGAGAUAACACCUACUGUCCCUGCUGGGGCAGUGCUAAUUGCUGGAACAACACCUCUUUGUCAGGGCCUUGAGAGAGAAGGGCGGGACCCAGAGGAAUGAAGACACAUCCAUCAGCAGAAACCGCAACAGUAAAGAUAAACAGCCUGCCUAGGGACAGCGAUGAGACCAAAAUUAUAAUGGUAUGUAAAUCACUAACCAAUCAGUGUAAAAGGGAAAGUUGCAAACCUUGCAAUUUGUUUGUAUAAAUGCUACUUGAAAAGCCUGGAGGAGUGUGCUUGAUCUGUGGGAAAUCACCGCGCACCCAGGCUUGUGUAACUCUGAAAGAAAUAAGCAAAUGUCUCUCCUGAGUGUGUAACUAUUGGCUUAUUGCACACCGGGCCACAAAUCCGCUUUUCGGACAACAGUUUUCUGGCACCCCAGAUGGGACCCUCACUGUAAAGCCUUGCCCGGAUCGUCUUGCCACUUCCCGGCGGGGAGACGCUGCUCUUCGGACUCCAGCGCGCACCGACCGUUUUGUUUGUGGACUCCGCGCGCACCCUCCCCACUCGGAGUGGGUAAGCGACUCAAAGGUGCAACGCGGUAAUUAUUAAGAGACAUUGCAUAGAGGGUGUGAUGUAAGGGUAAUUGGUUGUGGUAACCAAAGGUAAGCUUUGUACACGUUGGGACAGUGACGACUGGAGUAUACGAAAGUGUAAUUGGUAAGAACAUUCUCUUAAGGGUAAUAAUAUGGGAACAGGACAAUCUGCGGGUUUAUCCCCCUGUUCUCCUUUAGGAUGCAUCCUGAAACAUUGGAGUAAGUUUGGUGGGAAUCCUUUAACAAGGAGAAAAUUAAAGGAAUACUGUACUCAGUGGUGGCCAAAGUAUAAACUGGAGGAUGAGGAAAAAUGGCCAGAAAUGGGAACGCUAAACUAUAAUACAAUUUUGCAACUUAUGUUGUUUUGCAGAAGACAGAAGAAAUGGGAUGAGGUCCCAUAUGUAGAUUUGUUUUUCUCUCUGAGAAAUGAUCAUGAAACAAGAAGAAAAUGUAAGCUAUUGGUCUCUGACUCAAAUGUGUUAAUGAUGAUGAAAGAGAAAGAGCAAAUGCCUUGGUGUUGCUCUGCUUGUAGUAUUGGGAAAAGAUGUUUAAAAGUGGGUGAUGAGGAAGAGGAUGUACAAUUAUUGGUCUCUCCGGAAAGAGAUCAAGAUAGUGUCGAUGGCAGAGAUAAGGGAAUUGAGGCAUUUAGCCCGAUUGCAGGCAGAACUCGGGCUACUCGGGCUCAACAAAAUCCUGUGAUUCAGGCCCCGCUGCGUCAAGCAGUAGGACCAGAAGGAAGGCCUGUAUAUGUGAAGGUCCCUUUUUCAACCACAGAUUUAAUGAAUUGGAAGGAGUCUGCUGGGUCGUACCGAGAAAAUCCAGAAAAGAUGUAUCGAUCCUUUAAAAUGAUAAUUGAGAAUCAUAAUCCAGACUGGCAGGAUUUACAGGUGCUUUUAAAUACUUUGCUUGCACCUGAGGAGAAGAGACUGGUAUUGGACAAAGCUCGAGAGGAAAAUGAAAGACAAAAUGCUAGAGAUGGACCGGACCAUUUUAUGCCGGCCCAAGAACCGGAUUGGGAUCAAAAUACAGGGAUGGGCAGGUUAAUGACUAAACAGUACCAACAGUUAAUAUUAUAUGGGGUAAAGCACGGAGUACCUAGGCCCCAAAAUAUUGCAAAACUAUAUCAAGUCGUGCAGGGUAAGAAUGAGGAUCCCUCUGCAUUUUACGAGCGGUUAUGUGAAACCGCACGAAAAUGGACAGACUUGGAUCCCGAGGACGAAGAGAACAAGAUGACUUUUACUAUAUUAUUUGUAGGACAAUCAGCACCAGAUAUAAGGAGAGAGCUUCAGAAAGUAGAUGGUAUGUCAGGGAUGUCAAGAUCACAGUUAAUAGAAAUUGCAUAUAAGGUGUACAGUAACAGGGAAGAAGCAGAGAGAAAGGAAAAACAAAAGGAGAAACGGAAAGAUAAGAGGCAAAAUGCUGCAAUUUUGGCAGCUGCAUUUGCCCAGGCACAAACUUCCUCUCGGGGAAGGGGUUUUCCGAAAGGACAAGGACGUGGAAGCAGACAUAGAGUAGGAGGGAAUUUGGGAAAUAGAAUUUCACUGAGGAGAGAUCAAUGUGCGAUUUGUAGGGAAAAGGGGCACUGGAAAAAUGAGUGCCCGAAGAAACAAUCAGAUCAUUGGAAACCUCCGUCUGUGUCUGUUCUGGAGGCAGAUUUGCUCCUGAUUGGUGCAGAAGAUUCAGACUGACGGGGACCGGGGGUUGAGAAAUUGGAUUCCCCAGCCAAACCCCCGGUUUCAGUAAAGCUGGGGAACGAAACAGUUAAUUUUUUAGUAGACACUGGAGCAACAUAUUCAGUUUUAAAUAGCUGUAAGGGACCAAUGAGUAAAUUCUCUAUGCCAGUAAUUGGGGCCACGGGAAAGCGAGAGGUCAAACCUUUCUUUCAACCAAUAAGAUGUAAAAUAGGAAAUAGAGUGUUAACAUGUGGAUUCUUAUAUAUGCCAGAAUGCCCAUUACUCUUCAUGGGGAGGGAUUUCCUGAAUAAACUGGGGGCGCAGAUAACCUUUGAUAAAAACAAAGUUCAGGUGCACAUUGCACAAAAUAACGCCUGGAAGGCACAAGCAUAUAUGUUACAGAAAGCACUGGACUCCGAACAGGUGGAGAGUGGACCAAGCGGAAUUCCCGCCGAAGUAAUAGACGCAGUAGUCCCUUUUGUGUGGGCAACGGAGAAACCUGGAAGAGCCAGAUGUGUAGAACUGGUAAAGGUGGAAUUAAGACAAGGAGCUAAAUCGGUAAGGCGAAAACAGUAUCCCAUGAAGUCAGAGGCCCGUGUUGGACUGGAGCCUAUAAUUAAUAAUUUCUUCAAGUGUGGACUGCUGCGAGAAUGUACAAUACUCCAAUCCUGCCUGUUAAAAAAACGCACUCGCAAGAAUACCGUCUAGUACAGGAUUUGUGAGCUGUUAACCAGAUAGUGAUUGGUGUGCACCCAGUGGUGCCCAAUCCAUACACUUUGUUAACGACGAUAAAUGAUUCAAAUGUCUAUUUUACAGUAUUGGACUUCAAAGAUGCUUUCUUCUGUAUCCCUUUGGAGGAACAAAGUCAACAAUUAUUCACCUUGGAGUGGGAAAGUCCUACAACGAGAUGCAAAAUGCGGUUGUGCUGGCCAGUACUCCCGCAAGGAUUCAAGAACAGCCCUACAAUUUUUGGUAAUGGACUUGCAAAAGAAAUAGAAUUAUGGCAAGGAAAGAAAGAUACCACUACCUUAUCACAGUAUGUGGACGAUAUCUUAUUGGGGGCAGACAGGACUGAAGAAUGCAGAAAAACAACCAUCAGUUUAUUACAUUUCUGGGGAACAGCGGGAUAUAAGGUGUCUCAGAAAAAAGUAGAGAUUAUGAAGGAAAGCGUAAUCUAUCGAGGAUUUGAAAUAUCCCGGGGGAGAGAAAAUUAGGAAUCGAAAGGAAAGAAGCCAUUUGUCAGCUCGCCCCCCCAAAAUCAAAAAGAGAACUUAGGGGAUUUUUAGGAAUGGCUGGGUGGUGUCGCCUGUGGAUCCCUAAUUUUGGAUUAAUGGCAAAGCCUGUAUAGGAAGCUGUUAAGGGGCCGGGAGACUUGCUGGAGUGGACUCCAGAGUGCCGAAAAGGAUUUGAUGAAAUCAAGCUUGCUCUCAUGAGGGCUCCCGCAUUAGGACUUCCAAACCUAACAAAGCCAUUUGAGCUUUACGUACAUGAGAGAGGGCACCAGGCUUUGGGAGUGCUUGUCCAGACUUUAGGAAAUUGGAAAAGACCUGUGGCUUACUUUUCAAAACAACUGGAUAAAGUGAGUGCAGGGUGGCCAGGAUGCCUGAGAGCAGUUGCAGCUGCUGUGCUGUUAAUACAAGAAGCACAAAAAUUGACGUUGGGACAAAAGGUGACUGUUUAUGUGCCACAUGCUGUUGCAGCAGUUUUAGAACAGAAAGGGUGUCAUUGGUUAUCCCCGAGUAGGAUGGUGCAAUGCCAAGCAGUAAUACUUGAGCCAGAAGAUGUAAGCAUGAAAGUGUCUAAUACCCUUCCAGCCAUCCAGAUUUGAGAGAUAUUCCAUUGCAGAAUCCAGACUGGGAAUUAUUUACCGAUGGGAGCAGCUUUAUCAUAAGGGGAGAAAGAAGGGCUGGCUAUGCUGUUGUCACUUUGGAAGAAGAAAUCGAAGCAAGAUCGCUACCAGCAAAUCCAUCCGCCCAGAAAGCAGAACUGAAUGCUUUAACCCAGGCUCUGGAAUUAUCAGAAGGAAAACAGACCAAUGUGUUUACAGAUUCAAAAUAUGCCUUUGGGGUUAUACAUGCCCAUGGUGCAAUUUGGAAGGAAAGAGAAUUGCUAUCUUCUCAAGGGAAUCCUGUAAAAUACAGUAAGGAGAUUAUGGAACUACUCGAAGCAGUUAAUAAACCCAAAGAAAUAGCAGUAAUGCAUUGCAAAGCGCACCAGUCUGGACAGACUGACAGAGUUAAAGGGAACAAAAGGGCUGAUGAGGCUGCAGAAAGGGUAGCAUUAUCGGUGUCGGUAGCAGCCUUAGUUCCAGAGAGAACGUCAAAAAUGGAAAUUCCCGUAGACACUGAAGAAGAAAAUAAAUUAGCAGAAAUACUGAAAUGCAUAAAGACUUCCGAAGGAUGGUGGGUAACAUCUACUGGACAAUGUGUGGCAAUUUCACCGAUAAUGAAGAAGUUGACGAGGCAAAUACAUGAUAGCACCCACAUGGGAGCUGAGGCAUUGGCUGAAACAGUUAAAAGAUUUGCUGUGGGAAUUAGUAUGUUCAUAAUUGCAAAGGGCAUUACACAAAAAUGUGAAAUCUGUCUUAGAAAUAAUCCCAGGAUUCAGAAGAAGCCCCCCCAGCGGAAGUACAAAUGGGCUUCAUGCCUGGGGACUACUGGCAAAUCGAUUUUUCUGAAUUGCCAAGCUGUAAUGGAUAUAAAUAUUUGUUGGUAAUUGCUGAUGCCUUUUCAGGAUGGCCUGAGGCUUUCCCAUGCCGUACCAAUAAAGCAAGGGAGGUAGUGAAAAAUGCUAUUAAAAGAAAUCAUACCAAGAUUUGGGGUGCCAGAAGGAUUUUCUUUGGAUAGGGGACCUCAUUUUAUAGCAGAAAUAGUACAGGAAAUCUCAAAAAUAUUACAAAUUAAAUGGGAUUUACAUACCCCCUGGAGGCCACAAUCCAGUGGAAAAGUGGAAAGAAUGACUCAAACAACUAAGAAACAGAGAGGGAAAUUGUGUCAGGAGACUGAGGUGAAAUGGACUGAUGUUUUACCUCUGGUAUGAUUAAGAACCCCAAGGGUUAGGGAGAAAGUUAGUCCGUUCGAGAUUCUGUAUGGUAAGCCUUACACUGUAAAGUUAACUGGAAAUGAAAUUCAGAUGCACACAUUAAGGGUGAUCCAAUUUUAAGUGAUUACCUCUUCUCUAUGGCAAAGGUUCCUACUUCUCUCCGUAGGUACCUCCAGUUAAGAUCUCCCAUACUUUUAGAUUCACCUGCACAUUCAUUCCAGCCAGGAGAUCAAGUAUAUCUUUGGACCUGGAAGGAUGGGCCAUUGACAGAAAAAUGGAGAGGACCCUAUCUUGUACUGCUGACAAGAAAUACUGCUGUGAAACUGCAGGGAACUGAUUCCUGGAUCCACUCCACCCGAGUGAAAGCAGUACCUCGAGAGACGUGGAAAGCUGAACAAGUUCAACCUUUCAGGUUAAAACUAUAGAAAGAUAUGAGAGUUGUAUUAGAAGUGAAUCAGUUUUAAAGUUCGAUUGUAUUCAGGGAAAAAUUGCUUUAAUUUGUUUGUUAGGAAUAGGGUUAAUAUUGCUGUUAUGGUCUCUGUGUAAAAAUGAUGUUCUCCUUAACGAACAACAGGGGAGAAAUGUGGUGGUUAGUUUUUCUAGCUUACCUGAGCCAAACAAUUAAAGGGAAUCAUGAAGGAUUGUGGGGUCAAAAUCUUCACAAGUGGACAAGUAAGGAGCUAAAUGGGUGGUGUGUUCCAAAAGGUAGUGGAUGGUAUUGGUUGUGUGGGAACAAGGCAUGAAAAGUGCUAUCUCCUAAUUGGUCAGGGACAUGUACUUUAGGGGCAAUAAUCCCUAAUAUUACUGUAACAAAAGAAUUGAGUAAUAAAUACCAACAUCAUGGUUAAGAACAUUCAUGAGGAGAUGAAAGAGGGUCAAUAAUCCUUUAAUAGACCGACCUACUAGGUUUCAUUCAUUCACAAGGUGGCUGUUUCCACAAUUGGGAGUGAGUGAACUUGAAAAAGCAAUAGUAAGUAUUUCAGCAGUUAUUGAAAAAAUAGGGAAUAAAACCUCUGAUGCCAUUGCAGCUUUACAAGAGGAGGUUUCAGAAACUGCUAAACUAACCACCCAAAACAGAAUGGCUCUAGAUAUGUUAUUGGCAUCUCAGGGAGGAGUAUGGACAGUAACAAAUACUAGUUGCUGUGUAUACGUGGAUCGAAGCGGCAGAAUUUCUACCGAUCUAAAUGAAAUCUGGAAGCAGACUGAAAUCUUACAUGGGGUUCAGAAAGAUGAUACUUCUUUCGGAUUUGAAGAAACAUGGAAAUGGUUGACUUCCUGGUUGCCUGACAUAAGCUCAUGGGUUAAAAAGUAUUUAACAAUUUUGGAAAUGGUGUUACUAGCUUUUGUAUGCGUUUAUGUAGUGAUUCAAUGCAUUUCUAGAUGUUGUACCAAGUUAAUAAGGGAAAAAUUUUAAAAGCGUGAGACUAAUAUGAAAAUGAUCAUAUAAAUCUCAAAGUGGGGAACUCUUAUGAGACAACCCUAGAAGCUCAGAAAGAAUGUUCAUGCUGUUUAAACUAGGCAGAUUAGGAUAACCUCUAUCUCUGUUUUCUGAGAAGCAGCAUUCUUUCAUCAGGGGCAUCCUAGAACUGCUAAAGCCCUAAAAGAAACAUUAAAUCAAAAUGUUUUCUUUCUAGGUACGUACUGUCAAUUUGGCAAAAGAAUUGGAGGUCCAUGUAUCCCUAACUGUAGACUUUGGGACUUGGACUGAAGCUGUCUAGAGGUAGCCGCUUAACACUUCUACAAAACUUGCUUAGCAUGAGUAGCUGAAUUUGCUGGAGCCUUAGGCUGUAUUCCUAGUUCAGUGAGAAAGGGCCCCAGAGCUGGUGCAGGCUGGAAAGAUAAGGGAGUUACAAGCAGUUUGCAUUCCUAUGCGUCACACUCCGGGAGGGAGGAUGUCAAGGCUUUGAAAUAAGACCUGCUUGGGCGUCAGGACCCUGGGAAACAAAGCCUCCUCUCACUGCGGAAACAGUGUUAAUUAGGGGGUCUGGACUAUCUGCCCCUCGUCAGGACAUUGGGAGAUAACACCUACUGUCCCUGCUGGGGCAGUGCUAAUUGCUGGAACAACACCUCUUUGUCAGGGCCUUGAGAGACAGGGGUGGGACCCGAGGAAUGAAGACACAUCCAUCAGCAGAAACCGCAACAGUAAAGAUAAACAGCCUGCCUAGGGACAGUGAUGAGAUCCAAUAAGGAGCAGGAGACCCCAGACCUAAAUAUUACUAUUGGUCCAAACUACCGCGUGAGGGGUGGGAAUCUUAAUUUGAAAAAGCUAUAACUGCCCAGGGAUUUCGUUGUUCAGGGUCCCUCUUCAGAGGCACCCAGCUCGAGCUGUAAUUACUGCACGUGCAUCAUUAAAAUUUAAUUAUUUAAUUUGCUUUGAUUUGGCUCUGAACUUUUCAGCGGGAACCUAGGGUCGGACCCUGUUAUGGUGGCCGGGGAGUCUAAUUUCCAUAACAGUUUGGCGACCGAGAUGGGAGCCUAGGUGAGCGCUGUCGGGGCCUCUCAUCUCCAAACGAUCAUCUGGGGCCAUCGGGUGAGUUCACCUGGGACCUUUGGCAACGAGAGGCACCGAGAAGGUGAGUCUUAAACUCCCGCCUAAAUUCUAAAUUCUGCUCUGGUAACAGUGCACUGAAGGGGUACGCGGGCUGAUCACCAAGGCGUACCAGGAGGACGGGUGCGAGUCCCAUCCCCAGGGUCUGAGUGGGUCUAAGUCCCAUCUCGGUCCGGCCAGAAAAAGGGUGCGCAGCCUGAUCAGCAUAAGGCGCACUGCAAAACUACAAGACAGAAAUCUAGAGUCCCUGUGACUGGUGCGAGUGUGAACAGAGCUGUGCGUGUGUGUGUGUGCGUGUGUGCGUGUGUGUGUGUGUGUGUAGCCUGGAACCGGCCGGGGCGCCCGUCGGCUGAGAAGCCGCCCGCUGCGCAGGGACAGCAGUCCUCGCAGUUAAAGACUCGGGGGGUGGAAGGGCGGUUCCCAGAGCGUGAGAGAAGGAGAGUGUGUGAUCCCACCAGCCGCAGGGACUGGUGUUACUGGUAAGGAAGUGCGCUGCCUGAUUUGCUUAAGAUGCACUUUUCAGGAACUCGAUAUGGGGAAUAAUUUCGGCAUAGAAAAGGGGACGCCCUUAGCCGAAAUUUUGGUAAACUGGAGUAAGAUUGAUGGUACUAAAAGAUUAAAAAAAAAAAAAAAAGUUGGUCCAACUAUGUCAGGAGGAUUGCCCAUUCCUGACAAAAGAGGGAAACCCAGCACAACGGUGGCCACCGCAAGGGACUUUUGAUCAGCAGGAGCUACCUGUCUUGUGAAAUCGUCUGGAAGGUAGGUUUCCAAGUCGAAUGGAUUACUGAGAGCUCAUCGAUAUGAACUGAUGAUAUUACAUGCAGAAAAUCUGACCUUAAAGAGAUGCAAUAUCUUCAAUCCAGCAACGCUAUUGCCUCUACCCGAGGAUGGGGAGCCGCAUCAUUCCUGUGAACAAGUGGUUGUCAGCUCGAGCAAGCCCCAGGAGGAUCUUAAAGAUGAACCUUUGGGAAAGCCAGACUUAGUUCUGUUUACAGAUGGAUCAUCCUAUUAUUUGGACGGAAGGCACCACUCCGGCUAUGCUGUCACUAACGUCUUUGAGGUACUUGAGGCCAAUCCUUUGUCUCCGUCUGUAAGUGCUCAAGGAGCAGAAUUAAUAGCAUUGACCCAAGCAGCAAAAAUCAGGAAGAACCUGUGGGUAAAUAUCUAUACCGAUUCUAAAUAUGCAUUUGCAGUAUGUCAUGUAACAGGGAUGUUAUGGAAAGAACGAGAAUUUUUUUUUUUUUUUACGUCAUCAGGAAAGAAAAUAGCUAAUGGAGAAGUACGUAAUUUGCUGCAAGCAGUCCAACUGCCCAAAAGAAAUUGCUGUAAUACACUGCCCAGCCCAUACUAAAGACACUACAGAAAUUAGUAGCAGAAAUACAUUAGCUGAUGCCACUGCGAAGGCUGCAGCUCGACAACCUCUGAGAGACUGUAUGGGGGCAGUUCCAAGGAUGAACCAAAGUGAAUGGCCAGAUUUAACAGACCCCAAAACCAUGUAUGAAAAGGACUGCUCAGUAGAAGAGAAAAAACAAUGGGAGCAGUGGGAAGCAAAACAAGAUGAUGAUGGAAUAUGGACAAUUGGAAGAAAACCAAUUCUACCAAAAAAUAUUUAAUUACUAUAGCUAGGUGGUUUCACGAUAAAGCUCAUGGGGGAGCCGAGGCAAUAGCUAACCAGGUGCAGAAAGUAUGGGCUGCUCUAGGAAUUUAUCUGGCUGCUAAAAGAAUAACGAAUAGCUGCCUGACCUGCCAGAAGUUUUCAAGUAGCAAACCAAGCUCAGAGUUAGGGGGACGACCAUGGGCCUACUUCCCUUUCCAAAGGCUACAAAUAGAUUACACGGGUAUGCCAUCUGCCAAUGGGUACAAACACUUGUUAGUGAUCGUAGAUCAGUUAUCAGGCUGGGUAGAAGCUUUCCCAACAAGAAAGGCCAACGUGGGGCAGGUAGUAAAAGCCUUACUGAAAGAAAUCAUUCCCAGGUAUGGGAUCCCAGAAGCCAUUGAUUCAGAUAGGGGUGCCCAUUUUAUGGCAAGCAUAAUCACUCAGUUAUAGAAAUCAUUAGGAAUAAUACGAAACCUACAUACCCCAUAUCACCCGCAAUCUUCAGGACAAGUAGAAAGAAUGAAUAGAAUAUUAAAAGAAAAAAUAGCAAGAAUAUGUACACAUGCUAGCCUAAAAUGGCCAGAAGCAUUAAACUUAGCUCUAUGGGAUGUUUGAAAUGCCCCACGGCAACCCAUAGGACUAACACCAGCAGAAAUUCUCUUCGGAGACAUUUAGCUGUGCUAGGGAUUUGUUAUUCCAGCUAAGACCAGCCUGUUAGAUGGAGAUGAACGACUAACCCAGUGUGUUCUAAGUAUGCAAAAAAGGUUUGAAAAUCUUUAAAAAAAUAUGUAUAUGCUCAAUGAUAUCAAUCCACACCACCUGAAAUACAAGUGCCUGAUAUACAGCCUGGGGAUGAAGUUUUAGUUAAAGUAUUUUUACAUAAAUCCAAGUUAAAACCUAAAUGGAACAGGCCAUAUACUGUCAUACUAUGUUCUUAUUUUGCUGUUAAAGUUGAACUGUACUUGUAUAUGUUAAGAAAGGAUGUGUAUGUGUAAGUACACUUUGUAAUCUUAUAUUCAUAGAUGGCAUUGUUGUAGAUACAAGUAACCAUUCCAAUAUUUGUAUUUGUAACUUUACCAGAAUCAUGGGAUGUGAUUUUAAGUAUUUAGCUCCUAUUACAUCUUAUCAGUUGUUACAAUCUAAUUAUACAUUAAUUCAAAAUUUACUACCUACCCCCAUUGGAAUGAAUCUCACCCUGGUAAGGAAACUACUACAACAUGAGGACCUGCGUCGACUGCUAGAACGCAUCCAAAACAGUGGACAGAAAGCGCUAAUCACUGUUCAUCAUGAUGCAGAAGAGAGACACCACAUCUUGGAAAGGGUAAAAAGGGACGGAGAACAUCAUGGCUGGGAAACUCUCCUCGGAUGGUCACCAACUGCAACAGGGAUUUAUAAUGGCAUGUUGCACCCAGUAGUAGUUGUGUUAAGUUUAACUGUGUUAUGCCUAUUACUUACGAUCAUAUUAUACAGAAGAUUAUGGAAAGUGAUAGUAUGCCUCGAAAGGCUUCAAGAACUCCCUUUAAAGGAUUAGCAGGGAUGCUUCAUAAAAACAAAGGGGGGACUGUUAAAGAAUAUUGAGCUGAAACUGUCUAGAGAUAGCUGCUUAGCACAACUUCUAUAAAACUUGCUUAGCAUGAGGAGCUAAAUCUGCUGAAGCCUUAGGCCGCACUUAGAUAAAAUAAUGACCUUUUACUUAGUCCAGUAAGAAAAGAGGCCUCAGAGCUGGUUCCAGCUGGGAAGAUAAGGAAGUUACAAGCAGUCUGCAUUCCUGUGUCUCACACUCCGAAAGGGAGGACGUCAAGGCUGUGAAAUAGGACCAGUGCAGGGCAUUAGGACCUUGAGGGACAAAGCCUUAGCUCACUGCUGGGGCAGUGUUAAUUGCUAUGAUUUAGAAUCACCUCCUCCUCCUCAGGACCUUGAGAGACAACAGUAAGACCCAACAAGAAACGAAGGUACAACCGUCAGCAGACACCACAACAGUAAAGAUAAGGGAGAAAAAGAGCCUGCCUAGGAACAAGGAUGACACCCAAUAAGGAGCAGGAGACCCCAGACCUAAAAAUUACUCUUGGUCUGAACUACUGCAUGAGGGGUGGGAAACUUCAUUUGGAAAAGCUAUAAUUGCCCAGGGAUUUCUAUGUUCGGGGUCCCUCUUCGGAGGCACCCAGCUCGAGCUGUAAUUACUGCACGCACGUCAUUAAAAUUUAAUUAUUUAA